GUUCUUGAAGUUUUAUUUUUAAAUAUUAUGCAGCGGCCGAAAUCUGGAAAACGAUCACAAUCACAAAACGACGACACAUUGAACAAUAAUAAAAGUCAAAGUAAAGUUCUCGUUACCCAGAAAAUAAGCGACAAAUCAAAUCAAGAAAAAAUGAAGCAAAUUCAUGAGAAAACUCCGGAUGACGGUGCUAUCAUCAUCGCUCCACCACCUGAGCAAUUUAGACUGUAUGGACUUACAGGCAACGGUGGCAUUACCAUUCGCAACUUGGCAAACGAUGUCAUAAAUCCGGGGUUAGAGCGCAGGCGCUCGCGCUGCUGCCAUCGUUUGACCCUUAUACACGACCGUUGUGGCAAUUGCACUGAUGACCUGUGCGAGGAGUGCGGAUACUCGUGUAGCGAGUGUUCCACGUUCAUUUGCCGCGCUUGCGUUACCGUAUUUGGAAGCGAUCCCGAAGAGGCCGACGAUCCGUUGUGCGAGCGCUGCCAAAUGUAUUUCGCUUAGGUCCGUCAUCCGUGAAUCGGUCCAGGUUGCUUCCCCUCCACACACACUUCACACCUACACACGCAUCAUGUUCAAGGACCGGGGAAGAUGAAACUGGGCUUCGAUUCACGAACACAAACAAACAUACACAUAAAUACAUACUUCAUGUAAAUAAAUAUAAAAAACUGGUCAUGGAAUCCACCACAGAGCCACCACCACACUAUACAAAUAAACACCUUCCAAAGAAUGAGUGGCACUUUCUCAGGAUUGCGGACCAGGCUUUUUAUAAACACUUUUGUAAAAAACGUA